AUGUUUGGAGAUUCGAUCGUUGAUACAGGCAACAAUAACGACAAUCUCAAAACACCAGCUCGCUGCAAUUUCCCUCCAUAUGGCAGGGAUUUCCAGGGAGGCAUACCCACUGGCAGAUAUUCCAAUGGAAAGGUUCCCUCUGACUUCAUAGCGGAGGAAUUGGGUAUUAAGGAGCUCUUGCCAGCCUAUUUGGAUCCAAACCUAGCGCAGAAUGAUCUGCUUACGGGUGUCAGCUUCGCUGUGGGUGCCACAGGAUAUGACCCUAUGACAGCAAAAGUUGUGGCAGUUACACAACUAUCCGAUCAAUUGCUGCAAUUUGAAGAAUACAUAGGAAGGCUGAAAGGAAUAGUGGGAGAAGAUAGAGCAAACUCCAUCUUGGCUAACAGUCUCUUUUUCGUGGUGGCAAGCAGCAACGAUCUUGCCAAUACCUACUUUGUUACUGGCAUUAGGAAAUUGGAGUAUGAUGUGCCUUCUUACACCGACCUCAUGCUCAAUCACGCUUCUGAUUUCCUUAAGGGGUUGUAUGCAUUGGGGGCACGGAGAAUUGGUGUUUUCAGCGCACCCCCUAUUGGAUGUUUGCCAUCCCAGAGGACUUUGGGAGGAGGCAUACUAAGAGAUUGUGUAGAGAAACCCAACCAAGCAGCCAUGUUGUUCAACUCCAAACUCUCGGCAGAGCUGGAUAACCUCAACAAAAACCUACCCAACUCAAACCUGGUAUAUGUUGACAUCUACAACCCUCUGCUCGAUCUCAUCAUCAACCCUACUAAUUACGGCUUUGAAAUUGCGGAUAAAGGGUGUUGCGGGAGUGGGAAGCUGGAGGUGUCUAUACUUUGCAAUGAAUUCGAGCCUGAGACUUGUACUGAUGACUCUAAUUAUGUGUUUUGGGACAGUUACCAUCCCACUGAAGCCGCAUAAAAAAUCAUCGUCAAGGAACUCAUGACUAAAUACAUCUACCGCUUGGCGUGAGAGACAAAUCAACUCAUUAAUUUAUAUAUCAUUUUAUUUAAUUAUUCAGAUUGAGGAUUUGCAGAGAGCUCAUGAUCCUCCAAAUCCAAUGGAAUAAAUCUCUGCAAAGGCCUUUUUGGUUACUCUCAGUCU